AUAGGUCUGUGAUCUAUAUAGAUCUAGAUCUUGUAUGCAAACAGUAACGGGUAGUCUCCCUUAGGCUUAGGUCUUGUUUAGAAAAUUUGUUUAUUUAUCAAAGAUCCCAAAGAAUUGAAAGAUCUUGGAGAAUCUUGGUUAGAUCAAAUUUAGAUCAUCAACAAUAUUCACUUCAACUUCAUAGUCUACAUCUAAAAUGGAUGAUGAUGAUUGUGAUUUUGAGAAAGCAAGCAAGAAAAAUAAAAGCAAAAUUAAUAUUUUUGAUGACAGAGUAAGCCUGGAGGAUGCUCGAUCUAUUAUUAAAUCAUCCCAGAUAAAUGCUGAGGAUGAUGAAGAUGAAGAUGUUAUUAAUUUUGAUGAUACUCCAGUAGGGGUCAAAUUUACAAACAAGUCCAAUGAACAAUCAGUGAAAGUUACUCCCAUGCCAGACUUGUCCUCCCUUGCAUUACCAGCUUCUCUCUCUGGCAACAGUAUGCCUAGAACUGAUGCUUCUAAUAGCAGCUAUAUGCAGUUUAAUGCUGUGACCUAUGGCCAUAAUAGGUCUCGCAGUCUGACCCUGGAUAAAAACUUCUCCAAGACUUCGUUGACAUCAUCACAGAGUUCUUUCAUGGAUAUUGAGGAAGUAAGUGCAGAAGAUACAAAAAAAAAUUUUACCAGAGCAGAUGUAGAAAACCUUCAAAAGGAAGUUUUGUCUUUAAAGCGUUCCCUUUUGAGUGCCAAGAAGGACAGAUGGAAAAAACUACCUGUUGAUGAAACGUUGCAAAGAAUAAUAAGAGGCGAGGUGUAUUCCCUGGAGAUGUACAAAUCAUUAGAAGACAAAUUAGACCUGAUAGACAAGGCUGUGAGGAUAUGUGAUGGAAAUGCUAUUACAGCAGCAGUUUUAUUCUUCAAGCAAUCUGUGACAAGCCAGAUUUUUAAUAGAGAAAUUCUCUCUCGUCCAGUGGCAGCCAAUCAUUAUUUGUCUUACUUGAAAUCCCAUUUCGACACAUCUGAAUACAUCAAUACUUUAUUGUUACUUGGAAGAAAUGAAGAGGCUGCUAUGUACAAAUAUAAAACUUGUGUUGCCGCACCUGAUGUUUCAGUGAAGAUUUCAAAACUUAGAGACUGUAUGAGAUCAUUUUUUCAAAAUGAUUCACAGUUGAGUUUUGAUUCUUCAUUAGUAGAGCAAUAUAUUGACUUGUUAGAAAGGCAGCGACCUAUUGAGGAAACUGAUGCCCAAUUGGAAUCAUCUGGGAAAAGUACAUUGUUUAGAGAUUUUCCCAGGAAGAGGUCUUUGCUAGACAUGCCUGUUGUGACUACUUUAUACUACUGUUGUCUCUAUCAUUAUGAUUUAGGAGAAAAUUCUCUUGCAAGCCCAUUAUCCUUGAAGAAACGGCAUAUGAUUUCAGACAAACAAUUCUUAUGGACAAGUAUUUCUGCCAGGGCUAGACUUCGUAAUUGGAAAGAUAUUGAAGCUUUAUUAACAACUAAAAGUUGGUUUGGAGGAACAAAAAUGAAAGCUGUAAUAGCCUUUGAGAAAAUAGUCAAUAUUUUGCAUAGAAAUGGUGCCCCACCUGAUGUAUUAGAUAAGUAUAUAUCAAUGAUAGACAACCUUGAGCAGAGACUCAGCGUGGCCAAAAAAGUGGAAUGUCACAAAGCAGUAGUAGAUACAUUAGUAGCAUUGAAAAAUAGACAGGAGCUAGAACAAUAUACAUCUAAACUGGAACGCUACUCUAAAGAAGGCUUGUAUGCUCAUGAUAUUUUAAAUAGCUCUACAAUUAAAUGGAGAUAACAGAUUCUUAGACAGCCAGUACCUUCAAGGCCUUAGAUAUUAAUAUAACUAAUGGAGACAAUAUAACAGUCUGGUUGAAGACAGUCAGUUGAGUUUUCUGAUUUAUUCUUUUGUACCAAACUGCUUUUUAUUGAAAUAUAUUGUCAUUCAAAACUGAUUUCACUUGCUGCUGAGUAAAUGAAGCUCAAAAACAGAUUAAGAACAAAUGAACUUCUUAACCAAAUAUAACCUCAUUGAACCAAGGUCACCAAACAAUGUCAAUUUAAUAAUAAAAACAUAAGUAUAAAAUAACUUUACUAUAUAAUAUAUUCAUUUAAAAAAAUCAUCAUUACUUUCAUUACUUGUUCAAAAAAAAUUUUAAUAUGAAUUUUUUAUAUAUAUAUAUAUAUACACAAGAUUUGUGAUUUAAAGAAAAAAGGUUGUCUGUAUUUUCAUUUAUAAGGAACAAUAAAUGUGUGCAGUUUCCCCCCUCUCUAUCUUUGCAGUCAGUUCUAUUUUGGCAGAUACUUUGUACUACGCUUUAAAAUGUGUCAACUAUGACAUUUCAAAAUGUAUUUAUGUAAAUGUCUAAAUUUUACAUUCCAAAUAUUUCAAUUAUGUUAGAUCAUUUUUUGGCUACCUGUAUUGUGAUUUUGAAUUUGUUUCCUGAAGCUACUAGUCAAAUUAUUUCUGUUAUAAAAAAAAAUAUAUAAAAUCUUUUACACAAAAUAUACAAUUUUAUGAUAUAUUUAUCACAUCUUCAUAUAUUAACACAUCUUUGUUAACAAUUUUAUAUUUAAAAUAUUAUGUCCUAUCAGAUUUGUUUCAAAAUAAAGAUCAAUAUUGUUGAGUACAGUAAAUUGAAGAAUUUGAAUUGAAUGGAAUACCUGUUUAUUCUUUUUGAAAGUCACUUUAUGUUGAUCUUCUCUUUCUCAAUAUUUCUUCAAGGCUACAAUCAUUAUUUUGCCUCCUUAUUUUAAAAUUCUUAGUCCUAACUCUUAUUUAUGUCAUAUGUCUCAUAACUCAGUUUAAUUCUAAAUACACUUACACUAGUCUAUUAUUAUAUCAUGUUUCUGUGUAACAAGUGAAAUCCUAGUAAAAAAAAAUCCUUUUAUAAAUACAUAUUAAGCUUGUAGCACAUGUAAUAUUACUAUUAGUACAUACCUUUAUAAAGAUAUUUUGUUUGAUUAGACUUAUGAAACAUUCAUUUUUUUGGGGUGGCAAAUAGGCUGUGUGAAGAUUUAGGACUGUGUUAUUGUAUUAUGUUGAAAAUUAUAGAUAUAAUGGUGUUUGGAGAUUAUUCAUUUAAUGUUUAUUAACUAUCUCAGUAAUUAUGUACAGAUUUGAAAUUCAUUUGAAGGUCCAUUGUCACUUUUGACACUCACAGACUCACACUUUUAUUAAUAGCUAUAUAUUCAGUUAAAGGCUAAAGAUAAUAAUGGAUGGAGAAAGUGAGUGGGGAAAAAAUACAUUUUAAUCUUACAUACAUAUGAAUAAACCUAUAUAUAAUUUUUUAAAAUACUUUUGUAAGAAGUUUCUUAAUUUUAGAUUCAUGAUUAUUAUUUAAAAUAAAUAACUCAAUAGAGCUUGGUGAUGUUUCAGAAGACUGGAGUAUUACAGUUGUUUUUGUGUGUGACUCCAAUUAAUUUACUCUUGUUCGUCCAUGUUAAACUAACAUAACAAGAGCUAUGACUUGAUAUAUUAUGUAAAUAAAUCAAAAUUAAUAAUAAUAACAAAAUCUUUAUUUUUUAUUUAACUAAGAACACAAUAGUAGGCUACAACUCUUUUUCUUUAAUCCAACUGACAAGUAUGAAUUGCAUUUGAUGGAAAGCUUUCUCCACAGAAAUCUGUCAUAGGCCAUAGCCUUCUCCCAGAUUGUGCCAAUGGAUUUUCAGUCUUCUAAGAAGUUGCGACAUAUUGUUAGAUGCAGAUGGCCCUGUUUUUGCUUACCCUUUUUAGGCUUCCAUGUUAUGGCUGACUUUAGAAAAUGGGUUUUUGUCUUGUCUAGAUAUGUCCUGCAAAUCUCAUACAAUGCUCACUCACCACUUCUAUUAGGGUGCAAAUGCCUGUGCGGGAAAGGACUUCUGUAUUGGUGAAUUGAUCUCAGUAUGUUAAUCCAGGGAGCUUUCUCGGCCAUCACUGCUAAGCCACACUUAGCCUCUUUUUGCCUGUAGGGUAGUUUUCUACAUCUUGCAAGAGUAGAAGGCCAUUGAAACAAUAGUAGUAUUGAGGAAUUGGAUCUUGGUCUGCAGGCUAAUUGAUCUUCCUGCAGAUAAUGAUUCCACUUAAGUGGGGAGUUACAAAAAGAAAAUGUUUUAAUUCCAGACCAUUGACUGGUCAUUAUCAACAAAGCCUACAAUAUGUGAUAGACAUCACUAGUUUCAGGCUAUUGAAAAAAAUUACUACUUAAAAAGCUAUUCUUUUGACAUAAACUUCCUACUAAAAAAUAAAUUAAUUAUUUGCCACUCACCUUCUCCAUCUAUUAUGUUUAGGUAAGGGCAGAGGAAUGUAGAACUUUGGUUCAGCAUUUGGUCUGCUGAAUCAGAGAUAAUAGUGUGUGACAAUAUUUUCAUGGUCUAAAUGAUUUCUAUAUGAGAUAUCCAUCUAUGGAGGACAACUAUUAAUAAACUAUGUGUUAUGUUGUACAGUAAAGUCGUUAUUUAACUGAGAAGGUCAGUCAGAAGGUAUACAAUAAAUUUUAGGCACUUUUUAAUACUGUCAAAUUAAAUGUCUAAGCUCUUUCAGUUGUCCUGCAAAAUGAUUUAAGAUAAUGUUAUUGGUCCAAACAAAUGGACAUUCCACCUCAGCAUAACUACUAUAACAAUAGCAACAUAGAUGCAAAUACGAAAACAUUCACACAUGAAACACAUACACACUAUCACACAAAUAGGCUUCUAAGUGCUUCUCGAUGAUGACAGAUGACCUUGCAACACUCUGACUGAAAGUCUGAUAAAGGAGUUUUUAAAUCUUUCUGUUUUAGUCCUAAUGUUAAGGAGAUGACCACUACAUCCAGAUCUGAUGUAACAGUGGUUUAAUGGGUGCAGAUUGUCUUUAAGGAUCAUUUGUGUUAUGGAAAGGCAUCUUUCAUGAAAUAGUUCUUCAAGAGAUGGUAGCUGUGUUUGAAUGAUAUACAAUGCUUUGAUCUGCAAUAUGAAAUCUGAGAAAUGCUGGUUAUGACACUGGCACAUUUCUUCGGUAGAUUAGCUUUGUGUAUUCUGUUCUUCAAUUAAAUGAUUCAUUUCAUUUCUUUAUAUAUUUAAAAAACGUGAAAAAAGAAAUAAUGAAACAAUGAUUAAAUAAUAAUAUUUUUAUUAGUUUGACAUAAAGUCUACAAAGCUCUAGAUUGCAUCACAAUUGAUUGGCUCAAUGAGUUGCCAUAAGUCACAGUCAUGGAUUUCAUUCAAGACCAUGAAAAAAAUAUAGUUUAUCAUAGUAAAAUCAUUAUAUCUAUUAUAUAUCGAUCAAUAUGUGAUUAAUAAGAUAUCCUUAUCGAUUAACAAUUAAAAGUUAGGCUGUAAAAUAAAAAAAAAUGAAAUUAUAGGAUGUAUAGUUUGUAGGCUUACAUUGCACGAUUUUCAUUGGAUGAACAAUAAUUAUACUUAAGUCACUAAGCGUUCAUUUCUACAUGUUACUUUCACUAAACAAUUGGUCAGACUACAAUCAACUUUUAGUACUGCUGCCAAUUAGAUUCAAGCAAAUAUGAAAAAUAACAACAUCAACUUAAAAGUUCCAAAACACCAGAAAAAAAAAAAAAAAAAAGAACAAACAAAACAAAAA